AUGUCUGCCUCCGAACAAACUUUCAUUGCAAUCAAGCCCGAUGGUGUCCAGCGCGGACUCGUCGGUCCCAUCAUUAGUCGUUUCGAGAGCCGGGGGUACAAACUUGCUGCCAUCAAGCUCGUCACCCCUUCGAAGGAACACCUCGAGAAGCACUAUGAGGAUCUUUCCAGCAAACCUUUCUUCAAAGGCCUUGUUACCUAUAUGCUGAGCGGACCUAUCUGUGCCAUGGUCUGGGAGGGCCGUGAUGCCGUCAAGACAGGUCGUGCCAUCCUUGGUGCCACUAACCCCCUCGCCUCUGCCCCCGGCACCAUCCGCGGUGACUUUGCCAUUGACGUCGGUCGCAACGUCUGCCACGGCUCUGACAGUGUCGAGAACGCAAAGAAGGAAAUCGCACUGUGGUUCAAACCUGAGGAACUCGUUCAGUAUCAGCAAAGCCAGGCCAACUGGGUCUAUGAGUAG